AUGCCCACCGACACCCUCCUCCACGCCCUCACCGCCCUCCACCACACCCUCGCCACAAAAUGGCUCCUCCGCGAAUUCCGCACCCGGGGCGCACCCCCGACCGCCGCCGACAUGGCCCUCGUAAUCAGCUUCGAACACGCGCUCGAGGCGCUCCACCAGCGCGGCUUCGAAGACAUGAGUACAAUCACAACCCUCCUCAAAACCCUCACAGCACACACAACAACUCCCAGAAAGCUACGGCGGGCAGCAGAGGCGUGUCUCGCGGGGCUGCGCGCCGAGGAGUGGGUGUCUGUCGACCGGGACGAGGAGGAGCUGGAGAGCGGCGAGUGGGUGGGUGUGGCGCGGGGGGACGAUGAGGUGCAUGUGUGA